UCAUAGGACCAGCCAGCAGCAGCUGUGCAACUUGUCCAGGUUGUAAAAAAUCAAUCAGUAAAGGUGGGAAAUCUCAAAGGCAAACCCUCAGAAGGGAUUGCAGCUAGCAAAGCAUAAUUGUGAUCAGUAUUUUUAUUUGUAUGAAAUCAUGACUGUCCAUUUGCAUUUUUGUACCUUCUACAGUCUUCAAAGAUAGUAAUGUGGAAAACAUUAACAGCCCUUUUUCCAUCUGCCACGGGGACCCAGCAGCAGGUAAAGCUGCUGACCAACAGGGACCCUCAGGCGAUGGCUUGCUGGAGCACCCAGAUAAAUGGGAGAAAGGGAGGAAAUUAUAAGGGAGAGAGCCCAGAGCCACUGAGCAAAGAAGCUAUCUGGGGCUGCUGUGUUGGUGUGGGAGAUGAGCUGCACCUCUCUGGUUUGAGCUGCACCUCUUCCAUCAGAGGGAGACUGGAAAGCUUUGGUGCCACUUCUCAGGUCGGUGCUAAUGAGGAGACUUGCUCCUCAUCACAGCACUAAUGAGAGAUUAGAGCUCCACUGCAGCCUUGAAACCAGAAUCAAGCUGUAUCAAAGCACCAGUCCAAAUUAAGAGCCUUUCCCAGUGGCUGGUAUUUUACAGCCCAGUGGCCAAUUUCUAAGUCAUAGAUGCCAAUUAAUUCCGAAGCCUUUGGUGUGCAGCUAAUGAAGGCUUGGAAGGACCCUUCUUAAGUGUUUAUGAGCCCUGUAGGCGGCAGAGAUGUAAUGGAGGUGGCAGGCACAAUUAGCCAUCCAUAAUUCCUCCUAGCAGCUGAUUAAAGUCUCUUUAUCCGUCUUACAAAGAUCAGAAGGGCAGAUGUUUGGGAAAUCAAAAAUGCAUUAGGGGCUGCCAGCCAAGGCAGCCUGUGUGCCAGGGCAUGUGGCAGGAGUGGCACAGAGCUGCUGUGUGUCCCCGUGUUGGGAAUAGGCCCCUCAUUCCUGGGGGGUGCAGCCUCCUCUGUGCAGGUCCUCUGCAGCAUCAGUCACUGCAUCCUGUUAUCCUGGCAUCCCCUUUGCCUGUGCAGAGCAAGGAGCAGGAUGGGAUGGCUCCUCUCCAAAGUCCCCCAGUGCAGGAAAGCACCAGUGGCCUUUUAGCUGUUUCAGAGACACGCAGGGGUGCUGCCCUCAUCCUGCACCCAACGAGCUAUCAGGGGUGUGAGCUGCAGCUGCCUUCCUUCACCGUAACCGGGGCACUCCGUAAUGCUCCUUGGUGGCAAUUUCAUGCCUGGGUGAACAGAGCAGGGUGAGGGUGGCCUCAGUCCGCCCAGCCCUGUGGUGAUAAUUUCGGGGAUAGUGAGAGCACGAGUCCCCAGCCCGGCUGCCCCCGUGCUGGGAGCUGAAGGGGCGGCUGUGCUCCGUCGGAGCGCUCUGAGAGCCGGGGGUGCGGGACGGGGCCGCCUGUGGGUGAGCUCCUGCCAGGGCCUCCCACGGCCGCCCCCCGCGCCCCCUCCCCACGGCCCGCGGGGGCGGGGGGUCCGCGCAGCCCCGCGCUGCCCGCGCCGCCCCCGCGGGGCCCUGCGGAGGGGCCGCGCCCGCCCGGCCACAGCCCUGCCGGGAUGCAGCGGGCGGCGGGCGAGGGCCGGCCCCUGCUGCCGGCGGCGGGGGGCUCCGCCGGGCUCUCCUCGCCCAGGCUCUCCUCCGCCGGCGCCGUCUUCAUCCUGCUCAAGUCGGCGCUGGGCGCGGGGCUGCUGAGCUUCCCCUGGGCCUUCGGCAGGGCCGGCGGGGCCGUUCCCGCCCUCCUGGUGGAGCUGGGCUCGCUGGUGUUCCUGGUGAGCGGGCUGGCGGUGCUGGGCUAUGCCGCGGCCCUCAGCGCCCAGCCCACCUACCAGGGCGUGGUCCGGGCCGUGUGCGGGGCGGCCGUGGGGAAGCUCUGUGAGGUCUGCUUCCUCCUCAACCUCUUCAUGAUCUCCGUGGCCCUCCUCAGAGUGGUGGGCGAUCAGCUGGAGAAACUGUGUGACUCCCUGUACCCCAACGGGACCCUGAGUGGGGCCCCUCAGCUGCCCCCCUGGUACGUGGACCAGCGCUUCACCCUCUCAGCUCUCUGUGUCCUCGUCAUCUUCCCACUCUCUGUCCCCAGGGAGAUUGGCUUCCAGAAGUAUUCCAGCAUCCUGGGCACACUGGCUGCCUGCUACCUCACUCUGGUCGUCAUCCUGAAAUACUACCUGCAGGCAGACAGCCUGCAUUUGACUGAGCCGCCCCAGCCCUCCAGGUCCUCAUCCUGGACCUCCAUCUUCAGUGUCAUUCCCACCAUCUGCUUUGGCUUCCAGUGCCACGAGGCAUGUGUGGCCAUCUACAGCAGCAUGCGCAACCAGAGCUUCUCCCACUGGGUCACCGUCUCUGUGCUCUCCAUGCUCAUUUGCCUGCUCAUCUACUCCCUCACUGGGCUCUACGGCUACCUGACCUUCGGAGACGCCGUGGCGUCCGACGUCCUGAUGUCCUAUCCAGGGAACGACCCUCUUGUCAUCGUUGCCCGCCUGCUCUUUGGUGUCUCCAUUGUCACUAUUUACCCCAUUGUGGUGCUGCUGGGCAGAUCUGUGGUGAAGGACUUGUGGGCAACCCUGAAGCGCGGGGCCGUGGCAGUGUCUGAGGCACACGAGUGGCGGAGCCGGGUGGCACUGACGGUCACCUGGAUGGCUGCCACGCUGGGCAUCGCCCUGUUCGUCCCCGACAUCGGCAAAGUCAUCGAGCUCAUCGGCGGCAUCAGCGCCUUCUUCAUCUUCAUCUUCCCAGCAGGGCUGUGCCUCGUGUGCGUGACUGGGACCCGCAGCCUCGGGCCACGCAAGAAGUUCCUUGGGGAGACCUGCCAGAGCAUGAGCCCAUCAUGAGGAGAAGGGACGACAUGAGCUGGGGUGAUGGAGACUGCGAGGGGACAGUCCCAGCCUGCCCGCGACAGUCUGGGAAGGAGCACGGUGCUGAGGACCCUGUGGCAGAGCAGCAGCUGGGUUUGGGGUGAGUGCUGCAUCGCAGGGGCUGGGGUGAGGUGGGCUGAGUGCCUGGGGAGGAGGGAACAGACCCAGGGCUCCGGGAAUUGGGGCUGGAGCCGAGGAGGGGACAGGGCUGGAAGCAUGUGGUGACAGGAUGGAGCUGGGGCUGUGUGGGAGUGGCCGUGCCCGAGCACAGGGUGGGGGAUGUGGGUCUCUGCUCUGUCAGCAGGGUCACUGAGCACAGGCAGAAUUGGGAACGAUUGCAUGGUGGCAUCUGCUGGCUUUUUGACCAAGGUUUGUGUGUCAUUGCAGGGGACAGGGGGCUGCCGGGCUCUUCUGCCAUCGACUGGGAGUGAGGCAGAGGAGCAGGGCAGAGGAGACUGACCCUGCAGAGAGCUCCACAGCCAG